GGAUUGUUAAUGACAAUGAUGAUGCAUAAUUCAUACAAGUCAUCGUCUCAGCUCAAAACAUCUCUUGACAACUAUCCAGAAUUGCAAACAUAUCAAGCAACGUCGGAAGAAAAAUACAAGACUAUCAUCAACUCAAUAUUCUAUUUGUUGAUUACAAUUCUGAUUGGAGUACCUUUAUGGUGGAAAACUACUACACCAUAUCACGCUUCAUUGCCUUAUAAUGAGAUUCAAAUAUUGAGCUCACGUAAAAUUGAGAUAACUGUACCAAUCAAUGUGCUCAAUUUUCAUGCUGAACUUGAUGAUCAAAGUCUACACCAAAUCAGUGAAAUAUUCACCCGUUUUAAUUUGGAGCAGCAAGCAUUUACGGUGACAAAUAGCUCUGAUGAAAUUUUAAUGAAUUAUCAUGUAAAUACCAGACAAAUGAUGAAUCAGUUAGAAAUCCGAACAUAUACAAAGUCGCUUUCAAAUGAUAUUCUUAGCUUUUGGUUAACAUUUGAAAAAAAUUUAAGCUUAUUGAAUGCUUUCAAUAUAAAAGGCACUCCGGAGAGCUUUGAAAACGAUCAUCUUAUUGAACAAAGAAGAAACAGCAGUUCAUCUGUUUAUCAUUUUCUAUUAUUACCAAUGGUCAAUAUUGAUAAUUUAUGGUUAGAGGGGAUGAAUUUUAACAAAUCUACUACAUCAAUGAAACCAUUUUCAAUUAUUAGAAAUUUAUUACAUUUGAAUUUAAUCUACAUUUUUAUUCCAUCAACAAUUAUGUCAAGUGAAAAUAGUCAACCUUCAGAGGUAUUAGCAUUACAUAUGAAAUAUUUAUUAGAUAAUGUUUUGAUACAAACCAAUCAUCUUAUGAAACUUGUACGAAAAUACGAUAAUCCUGCAAAUUUGUCUCCUGGUCAGUACAAUCAAAUCCCAAGAAUUAUAGAUAAACCAUUGUCUGUAUCUAGUAUGUACGAUGUAACUGUUACAGUGCUUACACUCGAUGAUUCUGUUUCACAAUUAGUAGAAGAAUCUAAUGAAAUAUCGGUUUGGACUAAUGAAAUGUUGAUAAAUCCUAUACCAUGGUUAAAAGCACACGUAGGAUCCGCUUUUAAAAAUUGGUCGCCUUUUGUUCAAGUCGAUUUCUAUUCACAGAGACUUUAUGGAGUUAGUGCUGAACUGUUGAAAAAAAGUCAAUUGUCAAAAACCGGAAACUAUACAUUUUAUUCUCAAAGUGAUAUAUCCAAUCUGAUUAAUUAUUUAGAAUCAUUUUUGGGACCUCCUCAAACAGCGUAUGCAGAUAAUCUCGAUGUGGCUCGUUCUAAUCCAGGUCUACAUCUUAUUUUGUUACUAAAUACUUUUAAAAGAAAUAAUUCACACGGAGUUGACUGUCCCUUACCUUUACGAUUUCAUAUAUCAUCAUAUUCAUCUGUAGUAAUAACCGACUAUGCACUUGUACCUCAAUGGGGUGGUCUACUUUCUAUUGAUGCUUCUGAUUGUAUGGCAAGGACUGGAUCAACCAAGAUGAUUGCACAAAAAAUUAUUUAUGUGAUACGUUCAAUAUUAGGUUUUCCACAAAUCAAAGAAAUGUAUUUUGAUCGGGAUGUGGAUAAUAGUCACACCUAUCAUAUUCAAUCUAACAUGGACUUAAAUGGUCAAACAACGAAUUGGGAGCUUAACUUGUGGUUUCUUCGACGAACUAUUGAAUGUCUUACUGAGACAAAACGAACUAUUGAAUCAUUAAUAAACAUACUACAACGCCUACCAAACAUGAUUAUACGAGAUGAUGUUGCUCAUGAAGUAUAUCAUUCAUGUUCAAAUUGGUCAUUAGCUCUUGAUAAUCUCAAAAAACCUGAUGAAAUAAACAAUUCAGAGUCGUCACACAACGAGAUUAUGUGCUUCUUUGGUCUUACAUUCCAAUAUGCACAUAAUGCUUUAAUUUCUUCAAAUGGCGCGUUUUUCGAUCACAGUCUGCUUGGUCUUUUAUAUUUCGAGGAUGACCAAAAAUAUGGUAUUUAUACGCCGCUUUUCGUACCAAUUGGUUUCGCCUUAUUCCUGUCAACGUAUCGAACAAUUAAACUAGUAUUCCGUCACAAAAACUAAUAGGAAACAUUUUUAUUUUAUAAUAUUUAUUCGUACCGGUAAAAAUAAAGUAUCUAUACAACUA